AUGGCGCGACGUUACGAGAUCGAUGAGCUGCUAUGGCUGCGCUCAUCGCCUCUGGUCACCAAACCUGCAAGUCUACCACCGGUAGAGGAAUGGAUGGGCCCAAUUCCCGAACCAACAACCCAACGGAAAACCAGUACAAACCCGAACAAUCCAAAUGAAGCGAUUACGAACAGAAGACCCAGCCUUUUUGAAACCCGUCAUAUUUCGCGAGGCUCGAAUUCAGAGGACAUAAUUCUUGGACCCCCAAAGACUGCCUUUGCUUCCGCAUCUCGUAUCGCUGGCAAAGGAUCGAUAGAUACAACCGAACGGUCAUCCAGACCUAACGACUUUGACGACCUCAGGAACGAUCGUUUUAAUUUCCGGGACAAGUUCUUCAAGGACCGUGAUGCCGGAGAUAAGGAUUUUGACAAACGCGAUGGAAAAAUGGGAACUUUCACUGCCCGGCGUGGGGAUAGGGACGAUUGGAAUAACGGACGCCCACGUCGCACCUUCGGACCAGAUGACCAAGACCGGAAACCAAGACGGAAUGGUGAAUUUGAUCGAUGGGAAAACCGUGAUCAGCAGCGAGAUCGCGAUCCACGGGAUCUGAACCAGGAUCGUGGAGCCAGAGAUAAGGAUGGCCGGUUUUUCGUUCGGAAAGACGAGCAGCCAGGGCGAGCUAGAACUGAAAGAACUUGGUUCCGUGAUGACAAUGCCCAGGAUGGUAUCGAUCCCGAGGAAGAGAAGCCCUCAAUACGAAACCGAGAGUGGCGCCGCGACAGACAUGGUGCAGACCGUGACUGGACCCGGGGGGCCAAGUUUGAACAAGAUCCUGAGUGGAUGGAUGCGAAUGAUCGCGAUGAGCCCCGCCGCGUGCAUACUCAAGAGGAUUUCGAGCGCUGGAAGGAAAGGAUGAAGGCCGGCUCGAAUCCGCCACCUGCCGAGGAAAAGAAAGAAGUUCCGAUUGAGCCCCCAACCGCCGCCUCGCAGAAAGCAGAAACUAGACCUACCGAUGGUGAAAUAUUUAGCAGCAGUGGCGCGCCAUUCCAGGGAGAUACGGCAAUGGAGCGGUUCUUUGGCUUGCUUAGUGACUCGAAACCUCCUCCUCCCCAGGAAGUUAGCACCCCUACAUCUGUGGAAUCCACGACUAAGAAGGAAGCCCUUCCUGGAAAGUCUAUGAAAUCAUCUCGUUUUGCCGGUCUAUUCAGUCCACCCCCAGAGAGCCCCGCCAGAGACUCGGACUCUCCUGUCGGAUUCAAGUCUCCUCCUGCGAACAAUCCUUCGUCCAGUGAUGCCGACCAAGAGGGCUUUCAGCGCAUCUUGCAAAUGUUGGGAGGGAGUAAGUCACGUAAUGCUACCCCUCACAAUGAUGGUGUACAGCCCCAGCACCACCCUGCUAUGGUACACGCAGAACAAGCUCGAAGUGCGCUCUCGUCACCUUCUCGGGAGCCACUUGGCCGCCCAGAGUACAUGGUGAUGCAGGAUAGUCCCGCACGAGGCAUGGGCCCUGCUCUUCAGGAGAAUAUUCUGGCCCAGGAAUCCUUCAAGGACCCACAGGCUCGGGAAAGAGAACAUCUUCUUCGUCUUAUGCAACAGGUCAAGAUAAACCCCGUUGCAAAUGUAGCACAUGUUAAUCAUGGCCAACCACAGAGUGCGGGCCCGGCUCCUCCAGGUUUGUUGAACAUGCCGGAUGUGAUGCCGCCCCCUCCCCCAGGACUUACAGCCCAAAAGACGCCAAAUUUCUUGGAUGACCCAGCAAUUGCCAACAUGCAGAGACCGGAUGUUGACCAACUCCGGCGAAGACCCGCGGCCAAUGGCCCACCAAUGGGCUACUUUGAUGAUGUCCCAUUUCCCCAAGGCAACCAGGUUCCCAUCACCCCAGGUGGAAGUAGAGCUCCCCAGAGCCAAGGCCACCCUGCCAUGGGUAUCCAGAGACCUCCAGGCUUCGAACACUUGCCGCCUCCCGGAUGGGCCGGUCAUCAACUACCUCCACAGCAGGGUGGCGGACCAAGUCCUUUGGCUCCUCCGCCGGGUAUCCCAACCCCGAACCGAGGAAUCAACCCCAAUUUCAUGGCGAAUGCAAUGCCAAUGCAUGGAAACAUGCCACCUCUGAAUGAACGUGGCUUCCCCCGCGCUGCUGGUGGCAAUGGAGCAGCUGGAUUUGGACCUCCACCGGGUAUGAUGCCUCCUCCGGGAUAUAUGAACGGUCCCCCGCCCUCAGGUUUCCCCCCGAUGCCGCCCAAUGCUGAGGCAUUGAUGGGACUUGGCCAUGCUGCACAAGGCCCCUUUGGAGGUGCUCCUGGUCCACAGGGGCCACCACCUUCUUCCAGACACCUGUUGGAUAUGUUUGGCCAAGCUAGCGGCGGUGACGUUAGAGGCGGCAUGAUUGGUCCUGGACAGUUCAGAUAA